CUGCGUUUCCGCCUCUCCCCAGGAUUAGUGGGGACCAAACCCCCGGCGGGGCGCCAUGGUGACGGAGCAGGAGGUGGACGCCAUCGGGCAGACCCUGGUGGACCCCCAGCAGCCGCUGCAGACCCGCUUCCGAGCCCUCUUCACGCUGCGUGGGCUCGGCGGCCCCGGGGCCAUCUCCUGGAUUAGCCGGGGCUUCGACGACGACUCAGCCCUGCUCAAGCACGAGCUGGCCUACUGCCUGGGCCAGAUGCAGGACGCCCGGGCCAUCCCUGUCCUGGUGGCGGUGCUGCGCGACCAGCAUCAGGAGCCCAUGGUGCGGCACGAGGCAGGGGAGGCCCUGGGAGCCAUCGGGAACCCGGAAGUCCUGGACAUCCUGAAGCAAUACUCCACCGACCCAGUCAUCGAGGUGGCCGAGACGUGCCAGCUGGCCGUACGGCGGCUGGAGUGGCUGCAGCAGCGGGGCGGGGACCCGGUGCCCGCGGGGCCCUACCGCUCCGUGGACCCCGCGCCGCCCGCCGAGGAGCGCGACGUGGGGCGGCUGCGGGAGGCGCUGCUGGAUGAGGCGCGGCCACUGUUUGACCGCUACCGGGCCAUGUUCGCCCUGCGGGACGCGGGCGGCGAGGAGGCGGCCCUGGCGCUGGCCGAGGGUCUGCACUGCGGGAGCGCGCUCUUCCGCCACGAGAUCGGCUACGUGCUGGGCCAGCUGCAGCACGAGGCGGCCGUGCCCCAGCUGACCGCGGCCCUGGGGCGCACGGCCGAGAGCCCCAUGGUGCGGCACGAGUGCGCCGAGGCGCUGGGCGCCAUCGCCAGGCCCGCCUGCCUGGCCGCCCUGCGCGCGCACGCCGCCGACCCCGAGCGCGUGGUGCGCGAGAGCUGCGAGGUGGCGCUGGACAUGUACGAGUACGAGACGGGCUCCGCCUUCCAGUACGCCGACGGGCUGCGGCGGCUGCACCCCGCGGGGGACUGCUCAGAGCCCCGCGCCUAAGCCCGGGCCCCAACG